AUGGUUCGGGGUCGCAUCCCCGCCCUAGUGCGGGGCCGCCCGUCGCCGCGACCGUUGCCUUUGUGCCCUGCCGUUGCGAGACAUAUUUCCACUUUUCGAAUACGUCAAUUCAGCCCUGCCUCGGCCCCGGUGCGUCGUUAUGGAACAACGAAGAGCGAUGAGAAUGCGGGCGUGGACGAAAAGGAACAACGGGAAAGUGCACAGCAUGGCAAGGCGGCAGAUUCAGCAGCGGAUGCGUCGAGAGAAGAUACGAAGUCGGCACGGGCAAUAGAAAGCGAAGCGAAGUCAUCGUCGAGCCCCGAACCUCCAGCAGAAAGCGAGACACAGGCCUGGGAAUAUGACCCAAACGUCAAGGUUGAGACAUUCAAGGACCUACCCCAUGCCAACUUUGGCGUCAACCAGCAUAUUCCGUUCGACGCAGAUUUUAAAGAGGUCCUCAAGGCCAUACCCUGGCAGUUUCGAGCCCCGAUCCGAUAUGCAUUCGCCUAUGGCUCCGGCGUGUUUCCCCAAUCAAGCUCCAGCGGCAAGACCCCGACUGACGAAGAGAUCCGCGCAAUUCAUCCUAGGGCACCGCUCGCCGUGCAAAGGGCCCAAGAUGGCACACCGAAGAUGAUUGAUUUUAUCUUUGGCGUCUCGCAUACUCAGCACUGGCACUCUCUCAACAUGAAGCAGCACCGCGACCACUAUUCCUCGCUCGCUGCGUUGGGGUCUGGUGCCGUGUCAUACGUCCAGGACAGGCUAGGCGCUGGGGUAUACUUCAACCCCUAUGUCAUUGUCAACGGAAUACUGGUCAAGUACGGCGUGGUGCAGUUGAGCACACUGGAAAAUGACCUCACUCAAUGGGAAACCCUUUAUCUCGCGGGUCGGUUGCACAAACCCGUCAAGAUUCUUCGGGAUGACCCAAAAAUAAGACUCGCGAACCAAAUGAAUCUCCUGUCGGCACUGAGGACUGCUCUGCUUCUCCUCCCACCCGACUUCACAGAAGAAGAACUUUACGGCACAAUUGCCGGCAUCAGCUACCUAGGUGACCCACGCAUGGCGCUACCUACCGAAAAUCCACGCAAGGUCAAGAACAUAGUUGGCAACAACAUGGCCAACUUCCGACGUCUUUAUCUCCCCCUUAUUGAGACACUCCCCAACGUCUCUUUCAACGACCCCGGGGCUGGCGCUGAGGAUUGGGUCUGGGACAAGUCUAAGAACCUCAAGCUCACCCAGGAUAUGGACCCUAUCAAGCGUGGAAACAUGGUCCGACGGCUGCCACAGGCUUUCCGGUCGCGCCUCUACUUCCAGUACCAGAAGAAGCUGGCUAUUCCUGGCAACGAAUUUCGGAAGAUGAUGGACGAGAGCAAGCACGAGGACGCCGUCGCGUUUAAGAGGCGCGAGGGCGGUGGUUUCGAGCGCCGCAUCGCUCAGGAUGCUCCUAUCGAGCUGCGUAGCUAUAUUCGCACUGUCAUCAAGCAGACGAUCAGCUGGCCGGCCACCACCCAAUCUCUUAAGGGUCCUCUGACGAGCGGAAUCACCCGUACGUGGCGAUACAUGACAGAGAAAAUAGACAAGUACCGGCAGGGCAAGAAGGCUGAGGAUGAUCCUACCCACAUCCAGGAUGAGAAGGCCGGGCGUGAGGGCGGAAAGAAGCCUUGA